GGUGCGGAGCGCGCGGCAUUCAGUGCGUGAGUCGCAGGUAGAGGAAGGUGAAGUCAACUCGCGAUCUGACCUGUAACUUUCCCGCGCUUUGCUUGUUUGUUUGUUGUUUUGUCGGCAUGUGGGCGCGUGCUGUGUUGUGCGCGGCGCUACUGUCGGUUCUGUGUCCGGCCGGCUCGACGGAAGCCGAGAGGGACGAGAGAGAGGUGCAGGACUACCGCAACUCCAACAGACUGCUGGGAGCGCUGCAUGAAGUUCUGGAGAAGCUGCAAACAAAGAGGAUCAAUCCCUGGGAGAAGAAAUACGGACAGGUUCCUUCUUGUGACCUUGGGGAACACUGCGCCGUCAGGAAAGGAUCUCGGAUCGGGAAGAUGUGCGACUGUCCCAGAGGAGCUUUCUGCAAUUUCUUCCUGCUGAAGUGCUUAUGAGCCAAAACGCCAUCAAGAGUGUAUUGUAAAGCUGUAAAUUUUCCAUUAGAAAGACAAACAUCCAGGCUGCAUAUAAGGAGCCUUCAGUGUGGAAUCAAUGUGUGUUCUGCAUUAAAGAUGUUUUUGCUUUAAACUGA